AUGAAUAUUUUUCCAGACUAUAUUUAUAGUUAUAUUAUAAAAUGUAUUUUAGAAUUUAUUUAUAAUAAGUGUAAAAUAAAAACUCAUUAUUAUUUUAAAAGAUACGAGUUUGGCGGUGGUACUUGCAGUUACAACAAUCAAGCUAUUGAAUUAAGUCUGGUUUCAAAGAAAUGGUUUAGCUCAAUACAAAAAAUUCUAUCAAAUGAAAUAUUAAACUUUAAAAACUUUAAAGUUUUAAAAAGCUUCAUAGAGAACAAAGAAGAGCCUUCAGAGUUCAAACUUAUUAGAUCUCCACAAAUAAUGGUAUUCCAAUCAUUUAGUGAAUUUCAAAUAUUUAGAAAAAGAAACUCUAUAAAAGAAUUUAAAAAAGUCUUAGUAAAGGUACCAACUAAUAAAGUUUCUCACAUCAUUUUAGGAAAGAUAGAUAAGUUCCCACCCAAUUGUGUAUUCAAUUUAACUAUAAUACUCCAAGACUUUAAAGAAACCCAUCUCAAUUUCGGAUCUAGUUAUAGAGAUUACCUGUGUAGUGGAGAAGUCAAUUGUAUCAAUAGGAUAAAGCUAGGAGGAAUAGAGGAUCAAUAUAUAAAGUACAUUUUAAAAUUAAAUCCUAGAUCAGUGUCCUAUUUCCCAAACUUUAUAUAUUUAGACAGAGAAAAUGUUAAUACAUCUGCAUUUUUUGAGGAUUCUAACUCACUAGAGUCUUUCAAAGUCAACAACUCUGUUCAAAUUGAGCCUAUCGACCUGGCAUCUCUUUCAUUAAAAUCAAAAUUAAAAUCAAUUACUGUACCAAUAGCAUUUCAUCAAAUUAUAAGACUGUCACAUAAUGCUAGGAAUGGAAUUAUAGAGCAGCACAACAAUGACGACGAAGAAGGAGGCUACAGUGGCUCAUGUAUUGACAUAGUAAGCUUUAGGAACAAUUUUACCAUUGAAAGUGAUUGGAAUUUAAUGGUCAAGGUACUAUCCAACAACUCAACAUUAAAAGAGCUAUCACUAUAUAAUGUAUGUGGAGAUACAUAUGAUUGUUUAGAUGAACACUAUGAUACAAGCUUGGUAAGCAAUGGUUUGGCCUCAAUCAUCACUAAAAACAUAUCCAUUGAAACCUUGACAUUGGAGGGAUACAACUUUAUAGAUUCAACACUCAUUAAAUCACUUGCAUCAAACCAAACCAUCAAAACAUUAAUACUAUCAUCCUCACAUGAAGAAUUAAUUUUUAAUCAAGUAUUAAACGGUGCAAAUAAAACAAUUAGAAAUGUUAUACUGAAGAACAACAUUUCAUCAAACGACACUUUUAAUCAUUUUAAAAAACUAAACCAUUUAGAACUAUAUUCCAUAUCUUUCAUGAAUGAAACUAUUAAGUCCUUUAACCAAACGUUGGAAAUACUGAAGAGUUCUACGAACCAUCAAUUUAACAUCAAAGAAAUAAACUUUUAUUUUUCAGAUUCGCCACCAAAUCAAAAAGGUUUCAAUAAUAAAUCAAUAAAUGGAAUAUUAAUAAAUGUUUUUUUUUUAAAAAAAGAAGACAUAGAAUGGAAUUAUUCAGAUAUUGACAGCGACGUAGGUUAUAGCGAUGAAUAAAAUAAAAUAAAAUAAAUAAUAUAAUUGUAUAAAUAAAAUAAUAAAUAUCUAUAAUAUUUUUUUGUGUAAUUUUCUAUAAAAAAACUAUUAAACGCCACAAAACAAAUAAUAUAAAAAUAAAAACUCCAUUUAAAUAAAUAAUUAAAACAAUAAGUUUAUUUUUUGUUUUUUAAUUAAUUGGUCAUUUGAUUUCAAUGAUCUUAAUAAUUGAACCAAAUUAUUAUUUUGAUGGUAUUCCUUUAUAAAAAUAUCUAAAAUAUUUUCGUCAUCAUCGUGCAUAUAAUCGCUAUUAUUAUUUCUUUUUUUACUUUUUCUUUUACCAUAACUAUUGUUAUUAUUGUUAUUACUAUUACUGUUAAUGUUUGAGGAUUUAUAUAAUAAAGAUAUGAUUGGUAGAUUUUGAUAUUGUAUUGACCAUUUGAAUAAUUCGUCAUCAUUUAAAUAUUUACUUGAUAGAAAUUCUUUAGAUAUUAGUUUUUUGAGAGUGGUCAAAUCACCAUAAGCUAUUAAUAGUUUAACUACAUAUUUUAAAAAGUGUUUGCGGAAAUAGUUUAUUGGAAUACUUGUUUCGCUGUUAUUUUUCUUUUCUACAAGUUUGAAAAAAGUUUCUAAAAAUAUUGAAAUUGAAUCUGGUGAGAGAUUAGAUAGUACUAAUGAAAAAUCCAAUAAAGAAGUUCUAGUAUAAAAUUUGAAUAGAUCCUUAUCUGAAAUAAACCUUUCUGGUGUUUGAUUAAAUAAAAACUCUGAUAAUAGCUGUCCUUUGCCAUGGUACAAGAUUGCUGAUAAAUAGAUGGGUUCGAUUUGAUUUGAUUUCCAAUCGAUGUAUUGGGAUUUUAUGAAGAGCUCGCCUGCUUUAAUAUGUCCAUUGAUAAAUGAUAUGGUGAAUGUAUCGGGUUGGAAUAUUUGAUAUUUUGAAUGAUGAAUAAACUUUAUUUCAAGU